AUGGUAGGGGCCUAUUUCGGUGAAGCUCACCCUCAGGUUCAACCCCUGACUGGGUCCGAACAAAUUCGAGAGACGAAGAAGCAGAAGGUCUCCCCGUUUGACGAGGAUUUCGCAAAAUUGGCUGAAGAAACUCUUGCUCAAUGGCAUCUCCCCGGCGUCGCGCUUGCAGUGGUUGAUGGGGAUGAGACCUUUGCUGAGGGAUAUGGCUUUGCCGUCUUACCUGAUGUGCCUGUUCGACCGUCGACUCUCUUCUGCACCGGAAGCACGACAAAGUCAUUCACCGCCGCGGCAGCUGCAUUGCUGGUCCACGACAAUGACAAAUAUCCUCACGUCAAAUGGGACACCCCGAUGAACCAGCUUAUUAGGGAUGAUUUUGUCCUUCAAGACGAUUACACCACCUUGCACGCAACAAUCGAAGACUGCAUUUCCCACCGGACUGGCAUGCCUGGACACACAUUGACCAUUGCUGGGGACUCCCCCGAGGCGGCGACCCGCAACCUACGCAAUCUAUACAUUGACAAAGAACUCCGAUCGGGUUUCGAGUACUGUAAUAUCAUGUACAUUGCCGUCUCGCACAUGCUUCAGAAAGUCACUGGAGAAUGGCUGGGGAGUUUCCUACGAAGACGGAUAUGGGAGCCUCUGAAGAUGCAUGCGACCUUCUUCACCCAGCAAGAGGCCCACCAAUAUAUUCGCGACAAGGAUAGCACACUCCAAUUCGCCCGGCCUUAUAUUUGGGACCCGGAGACCUCCUCACAAAGAGAAUGUCCCUACUGGGAGAAUACAGCCGUCAGCGGAGCAGGGAGUAUGGUGUCCAAUGUGCUUGAUUAUGCCAAAUACACUCGAAGUAUGAUCGAAAGGUCAGGGCCACUGUCAAAGGAGGCGCACGCCGACCUUGUCACACCUCGUGCUUUCCCACCACCACCUGAUACACGUUUUCCCACCGUAUCACUAUAUUGUCUAGGAUGGUUCAGUGGCAUCUACCAUGGUGAGCAGGUGAUACAUCAUAGCGGUAGUAUCGAAGGAUUUACUGCCAAUAUCGUCUACCUCCCGGAGAGAAAAUGGGGUGUUGUUGCCAUGUGCAACCAAAUGGGUCCAGGACGGGAAGUUCUGGUCUGGAAGUUGGUGGACGAUUUCUUGAAAGUUCCUUUGGAGAAACGGAUAGACAUCUACGCCCUCUACAAGAAAGGUGAGGAGUCGGUCAAAGACAGGGUACAGCAUGCUCAAAAGUAUUUGUAUCCGUCGAUUCCAUCGCCGCCGCUCCCGACUACAUUACCGCUUGCAGACUAUGUCGGAAGAUAUACCCACCCAGUGUAUCCCGCAUUUACCAUCUCUUUAUCUACCGAUCCUGAGCCCCACCUCAUCGCUUACGCCAUGGACAUGGUAGAAACGACCCUGAAACUUACGCAUGUUUCAAGAGACUUCUUCACAGCCGAGUUAAGGGUCUUUCGCUAUGCUAGAGAUCCGUGUGCGGUGGGCAGGGCCGAGUUCCAAGUCGAUGCAAAAGGCGUGCCGAAGUUUGGUGCCGAACUUGACUUCGCCUCUGAGGAUGGUGGCGGGAAAAUCUGGUUUAAGCGGUCCAAUGAUGGAACUCAAGAUUGA